AUAGGGGGCUGGCCCUGUCUGACAAUGCUUUCUCUUUUUUUUGCUAAGAAGGGCUUUCGCAAUGCUAACUUUGACCCGUGGACUCUGUGCUUAGGGGGCAGCCGUGUGCUGCAGGCAGCGUUGAGCACCGGCUUCCUCGCAGGAGGACACAGAACGACUGCGUGGUGACUUCUUGGUUCCCUCAGCAUGCAGAACGUACCGGAGGAGUGGAGGGAAGGACGGGACGAGAGGACGGGGGAGGUGGUGUCGGCCCGGGGCAAAGCGGAUCCGGAGGUGAUGAAGAAGAAGAAUAACGGUGAAGAGUCUCUGAUGAUGGAGCUGACCAGGCUGGUGCAGGAGACGGUGAGGCGGAGCAGCUGGUGGGAGAGGAGGGGGAUCGAUUGUAGCAUCCUGGCAGCAGCAUUCCUCUGUCUGCCUCCUGCCUUCCUGCUGCUGGGCUCCUCUCAGGUCCUGUGGUUUUCGGCGGGCAUGCUGCUGAUGGGCGUGGCCCACGCUGUCAUCACCUUCAAGGGGGCACAUCUGGCCAGCCACGGGGCGCUGAGCGAGUCGCAGGCCUGGGAGAACUUCUGGGCCGUCUUCUUCAUCGAGAUCUGUGGCUCAUUCUCAGCGCGGGCCGGCGUUCAAGGCCACAUUAAGAUGCACCACGCUCACACUAACGUCAUUGGACUGGGUGACUCCAGCAUAUGGAAGGUCCCCUGCCUGCCUCGCUCCGUCUACCUGUUCAUAGCUCCCCUGGCCGUGCCCAUCAUCACCCCACUUGUUGCUCUCGCUCAUCUCAAAGGACACUCUCUGGCUCUCGUCGUUAGGACCGUCCUGAUGGUGACACUGGGCCUGUAUUCACAGUACUGGCUGCUGAUCCACGUGUCCGGCUUCCUGUCGCCUCUCAGCGCUUUGCUCUGCAUGCUUGUGUGCAGAGCAAUGUUCUCUGUGCCGUACAUCCACGUCAACAUUUUCCAGCACAUCGGCCUCCAAAUGUUCUCUCCCACCAACCGACCAAAGAGGAUCUACCAGAUGACCCACGGAGUCCUGAACCUGCCCCGUAACCCUCUGCUGGACUGCAUGUUCGGACACUCGCUUAUCAACUGUCACGUGGAGCACCAUCUCUUCCCCUUCCUGUCUGAUAACAUGUGUCUAAAGGUGAAGCCCGUUGUGUCCAAAUAUCUGACUGAGAAGCAGCUCCCAUACCAGGAGGAUGGCUACGUCUCCCGCCUCACGUUGUUCUUCCACAGAUACCAGGAGCUGAUGGUGUUCGCUCCGCCCAUCACAGAGCUGGUGGGGGUGCAGUGAUGACGAGUGACGAAGAAGAACUGUUCGUUCUGAUGCUGCUGCUGCUGCUGCUCCAGAGGAGCAAAUAUCGAGUUUAAUCAAUAACACUUUAAAGAUUUACUUAAUCUGAUAUUAGGAGAUAAAUGAAUUUAUCUUUUUUUAAAUAAUAUGAACUGAAUGAAUGUGUUUCAGUUUGAUAAAUAGCACAAAGCUCAACCAAAAGCUGACUUGAUUGUGUUUAAUGGGCGCUGCAUUAAAAGUCACAGAGGGAGAAGAAUCACUGAUCUGGGGUCUGUCUCAUGAAGAUCAGUCUGCUGGUCCUAACUGGCUUCACAAAGAUGGUUUAUGAGACACUCAUUCAUUACAGCAGUGAAAAUACUACUACACUAACACAGCAGUAGAAUAUAUACAACAGAAAUAUAAAGAUAAUACAGGAAACGCGUGUGUACAUUUACAUUAUGUUUAAUAAACUUUUUGUACAAUGAGAAUAACUUAUUGGCAUUUUUCAGAAUACAAUUUACAAAGCUGAAGUCAAAUCAAACCAAAUAUUGUGCUUCAGAAUACACAGGAAAGUCCAACUUGUUUUUAAAAUAAGAAAAUCAUAAAUAGUAACAUGAUAUUUCACUUUAAAGGAAAUAGUUCAGAUGGUUAGUCUAUGUUUCGUUUGAUUAAUCACCAGACAGACAGAGAGUAUAAUUGAUUUUUGUUUUUAAAAUGAACUGAAACAUGCUGUUUUGCGUUAAACAUCUGACCCUACUUCACGAGACAGGCCGUUGUUGUUGUUGUUGUUGUGUCCUCAGCUCAAAGGCUCAUUCUUGACUGUAGUUACAAUUCAUAAACACAUCGAGGCGUCUGUGUUUUUUAUCUCUCUGAGAAUAAUUUUUAACAUGAAUUAAAUGUUGUUUUUAUUUCCUCAA